CGCGAGAGAAACCCCUCGAUAGCCCGCAGCAUUGCGGCGCGCGAGCACACCGAACCACCCACCUCGGCGGCGGCGGCGGCUUUUCUGCCUGCGAAGAGAGAAACCAAGGAGAGGGGCAACUCGGAAGAGGGCGAGGAUGCCUCGGCCGGAGUUCCAGGCGCCGCCGGAUGUGUUCUACAACGAGUCGGAGGCCCGCAAGUACACCACCUCCUCCCGUAUCAUCGAAAUCCAGUCUAGGAUUUCCGAGAGGGCGCUGGAGUUGCUUGCUCUCCCCAACGAUGGCGUCCCCAAGCUACUUCUCGACAUAGGAUGUGGUUCUGGACUUAGUGGUGAGACAUUGACGGAGCAUGGCCACCACUGGAUUGGCUACGAUAUUUCAAAGUCUAUGCUCGAUGUUGCCUUGGAGCGUGAAACGGAAGGAGACCUCCUACUUGCAGAUAUGGGGCAGGGCUUGGGCUUGCGGCCAGGAGUUAUUGAUGGUGCAAUUAGUAUUUCAGCAAUUCAGUGGUUAUGCAAUGCUGACAAGUCUUCUCACGAUCCAAGAUUGCGGUUAAAGGCUUUCUUCGGUUCAUUAUAUAGAUGCCUAGCAAGGGGAGCAAGAGCUGUUCUACAGUUUUAUGCUGAUAAUGUGAAGCAGAGUGAAAUGAUUGUGACUUUUGCCAUGCGUGCUGGUUUUGCUGGUGGAGUGGUUGUUGACUGGCCUCAUAGUUCAAAAGCGAAGAAGUCCUACCUUGUCCUCACUUGUGGACCACCUUCAGUUACUACAUCACUUCCAAAGGGUAAAGGUGAAAAUGGUGAGGGGUGCAGCGACGAUGACGAUAAUGAGAGCAGUGGCGAAGAUGGUGACAGAACAGUGGGAAUAUAUGAAAGGAAUAGGCCGAAGAAGCGGCAGAAAACGAAAAAGAAUGGCAAAGGCAAGGAUUGGCUCCUGAGGAAAAAGGAGCAGAUGAGAAGAAGAGGACAUGAUGUGCCCGCCGACACGAAGUACACCGGGCGUAAGCGGAAAGGCUAUUUCUAGCUCUGUGCAAUGCCCCCUUGCCUGCAAUGCUGGCUGUUCAGUUAUGAUGCUAGUUCAUUUAGCAGAAGCAGAAGGAUUUUUGUAAAGGGUGAAGCGAGGAGUUGUACUGGUAUUCGGGAGUCAUUGCAUUUUUAGACAACGAUGUGAAACUGUCAUUUUUGUAGAACGUGGAUGUUGAGAUGAAUACAGUUGGUUUGCGUGAAUCUGUAUCAGAUCGCUGGUGACGCCCAGACUUUGGCUAAAAGAAACGCAGUUCAUGUGUC